CUUGGACACUGGCCCGCCUGCUUCCCGCGAGCCGCGCGCUCUCAGUUCCUCAGCUUUCCGCCGCGCUUCACGCUGCGCCUGCGCGACCCCGCCUCUCGCACGCGGGGGCCUGCACUCCGGUUCCCGCCCGGCCUCCGGCCAGUGGCACCCGGUUCUCGCUUUCCCGGUCAGGCCGGCUGCCGGCGGCGCGAGCACCAUGCUGUUCUAUUCCUUUUUCAAGUCCCUUGUGGGCAAGGAUGUCGUGGUGGAGCUCAAGAAUGACCUGAGCAUCUGUGGAACACUCCAUUCUGUGGAUCAGUAUCUCAAUAUCAAACUGACUGACAUCAGUGUCACAGACCCUGAGAAAUACCCUCACAUGUUAUCAGUGAAGAACUGCUUCAUCCGGGGCUCAGUGGUCCGCUAUGUGCAGCUGCCCGCAGAUGAGGUUGACACACAGUUGCUCCAGGAUGCGGCCAGGAAGGAGGCCCUGCAGCAGAAACAGUGAUGGCUCCUCUUCCCUUGCCCCUUUUAUGGAUGACCUUUAACCUUAUGCCCCAUCCCAGAACACCUUCCCUGAAUACUUGAGGUGGUGUGUUUUGUUAUUUUGUUUUAAUAGUGAAGGCUCUUAUUUUUAAGGGGUGAGUGGAUUAGAGGGUUAAUAAUGGGUAGCAACUAAUCCUUUGUUGAGAAGGGGAGGAUAAGAAGGCUGGGGAGCUGCAAAGACUUCCCUGACUCUGGUACCUGGCCUUCUUACUCCUUCCCUGGAGACAGAGAAUCGCCUAGAUCUCUUCAGGGCAGCUGGUGAUUCAUUUUGGGGAUGGAAGGAAUCUGUCCCGCAUCGGGAAUAAAAUUUAUGAUGCAGAUUUGA